AUGAGUUAGAAAACCAUCGAAGAAAAAUUAGAGGAGUACACUAGUGAAGUCUGCAAAGGAUUGCGCUCUGGUGAAUUUGUUUCAAUGCCACGCUCCAAAUAUAUGGAAUUAUAUGAUUGGACCUUUUAAUUUUAAAGCACUCAAACAAUUCAAUUAAAGCGCACUUUUGAAAAUUGGUUAUUUAAAUAUCUAGAGACCUAAAUGAUUCCUCAAUUAAUAAAUUCUUAAGAUUUUAUCGAAUCCUUUAUUUUUGAAAUAGGUCUAUUUAAGUCUCUAUUAAAAUAUUUCUCAACUCUGAUGCAUAACUAUAAUUAGGUAUUAGGAACUCCUUAACUUUACAUUGUGGAGAUAGGUUUGAUAAAUUUAGACGCGAAAGUGAUGACUCUUGACACCAUUAGAUAGAGAUACAAAAAUUCCUUUAUUGAUUUGCUAAAUCAAAUACGGCUAACAAACAAUCCAAAUUAGAAAUAAAAACUGCAAAGCUUUAUCGAAAUAUUAGAUUUGAAUGCAUUGGCUUAGAAUAAUAGAUUAGAAAUACUAUGCAUUGAUCAAUAAGUUAUUAUUACAGUGAAAGAAAAGCCUCCAAAAAUGAAUUCACUUCCAUCUCCUCAAACAACUUUUAAUACUCUGCUAUAUAAUACAUUGUUGGAAGGAACAAGAAGAAUCUAUUAAGAAUUAUCUCUCACUUGGAUUUCCACCGGAUCUAGCAAUGAGUAUGUUAACUUAGCCACACAAUAAGUAAUAAUCGAAGAAUAAUUGAAUAAUCAAUUUUACAAGAAGUUCCAAGCCCCAAAUGAAGUUAUCAGAACAUUUAUAAAUGAAAUGCUCGAAUAAAGGGUGGAUAAAAUUCUCUAAAAUCCUCAGGAUGGUAUGUAGAAGCAAUUAAUAUAAGAGAAAAAUAGUUAAGAUUUAUAAACUAUCUCAAGUCUUUAUUAAUUAUAUAAGAAUACAGCUAAUUAUAUAGAUAAAUUGUUAUAAGAGUUUCAACAAUUUAUUCGUGAUUAAAUUACUCAAGUGUUGUCAGAAUCUGAAGAAAAUCCUUAACAAAAAUAAAUUUCAUAACAGCAAACUAAAACUUAGUAACAGGCUGGUGCUAAAACUAUACAAAUACAUUUAGCCUAAAUUGAUAAUCUCUAAAAUAUUUAUGAAUAUUGCUUAAGAUUGGUGUAAGUUUGUUUUGAAGGAUCGCAUAGAUUUAGAAAUCAUAUGGAAUUAACAUUUAAGGAGAAAUUAAAUCAAGCUGAUAGAUUUAUGGAUAAAUUAUCGUUUUAUAUUCAUGUAUCUUUGAAAGACAAAUUAAAAGAAACUAAUAAUGAUGAGGAUAGAUAAAAAUUUAAAAAAUUCAACACCAACAUUCUAGCCUUCAUCCUAUUAAUUAAUAGCAAGGGCAAAUUAUUUUAAAAGAUUACAGACAAUCUGAAAAGCAGGAUUUUUAAGGGAGAAAUAAAGAAUCUAGGAUAUGAGGAAGAAUUUCUAAAAUCAUUAAGAAGAGAGCAUCCUGAACAUUUGCCAUCAGAUUUAUUAACAGUUUGGAAGGAUUUCAAAUAUUAUAGAAAUUUAGACAAUGAAGUGUAAACACUCAUGUCUAAUUUUAAGCUAUUAUAAGGAGCAAAUGUUUAAUUUACUAUUUUUACAAGGACAAAUUCUUUGAAAGAGUUUAAUACUAUGAAUAAUAGAGAUAAAGUUGAUCCUCCACAAAUGAUUUAAUAGGCGAUAAAUAAAAUGGAACAACUUUAUUAAGUAAAAUAAUAAGCCGAAAAGAAGUCUUUGGUUUGGAAUUAUAGAAUUGGAUAAUCAACUAUUAAUUAUAAAUUUGGGCCAUCACUCUAAUAAGUGGGCAAGCUUAUCAUUUCUAAUUUAUAACUCUUUAUUAUUCUUUAUUUAAAAUAAAAUGGAGGAAGAUCCAAAGGGGAAUUAUUAAAUGACACAGGUAUCAAUUAUGAAGAGGAGUUGACUUAAUAAAUGGAGAACCUAUUAGAUUUUCGACUUCUUGUUGAGACACACGGAAAAUAUUAUCUCUAAACAGAAUAGGCUAAUCUAAAAAUGCAACUUGCCCCAAAUAAGCCAAUUACUUUAGUACCAAGGAAAGUUGGAGAAAAUACUGAGGAUCAAAUAAUGUUAAAAAAAGAAAGAGAUGUCAAAAUUUAAUCAUGUAUUGUAAAAUUGAUGAAAUCAAACAAAGAAAUGUAUUACCCAUAAAUAUUUGCUGAAGUAUAGAAAGGAUUAUUAGGAUAUUACGACUUUUCUGCUUAAGACAUUCUUACUCAAAUUGAUGAGUUAAUAAUUUCAAAUUACAUAAAAAGAGAUGAAAAAAUUAAUAAUAAGUUUUUAUAUACACCUGGGUGA